AAAGUAGGAUGCAGGUCAUUUGGGUCUUGCAAUCCAACCACCCGAAUAAGUGUGGGUAGAAAAUUUUUGAUCCACGAUCCACUCACAUCAAUCACUAAUCACUAGGUUAAGCCAGCCGCGAACCCACAGGAGAAGCAGACCGCGGCGAGCAACAACCAAGCCAAGCCGAGUUGCGGCGGUGGUGGCGGAGCAAGCCCGGACGACGGCGGAGCUGGUCUAGGCAACGGGGGCAGCAGAGUAGGCGUGGGCGGUGGCGAUGGUGCCGACGGGGGUUGACGUUGGUAGUGAGAUCCGCGAGAACCCUAGUCAUGCAGGCAACAGUUUUAGCAAACUGGGUAGCGAGCCGAGCUUUCUAUCCACUCCUCCUGGACCAGAUAUGAUGGAGGCCCGAGGAAAUUGGAAGGCAACGGGCUUCGAAGGGGAGCCCAUGUUCGGGGACCCUCGACGUGGAGGAACGGGCCCGUUGGAUCUAACCCGCGCAAGGGAAGAAAAGGAGCUCAACUUUGUGGGUAAGGAUGGGACUUGGGUCGACCCUGGACCACUCGGAGCGGACCGAGGGUCGAUUUCGAACCCAAGUCAGGCCAGAUGGGUUGGACCGAAGCUGGCCAAACUGGAUUUGGUCUAAUCAGAGUCGACCCAAACCCGACUAAGGCGGACAUCAACAUGGGGGUGGGGAGGACACAACCGACCUCCCAACCCAAGGUAUCCGCAUUUGGUCACUCCUAGUGUUGAGCAGGGCAAGGUCGAGCGAAUGAUGGAGCCUAGAAAGGGGUCUGGAGCUAGGAUGGGAAACACUGGAGGGUACAUGGAGGAGAGAGACGAGAUGACUACUCUUUUCCUCAGCCAUUCCAGUAUGAGCACGAGUAGGGAUAGGGAGGAGGCGCAAAUUAGUUGCACUAGGAAAUGAACAUGUAUGAAGGACACCGCCCUCUGUAUGGCAUGAUUGGUAACCUAGUGUUCAGAGUUAAUCCGCCUGUCAUAGAGUUCCCUAAGUUUGAUGGUCAAGGUGAUGUGGGAUUGUGGAUGUAUCCGGGGGAGAGGUGGCUUAGAAACCACCCAACUAUGGAGGAAAGGAAGGCGCAACUAGCGUCUUUCUACCUAGAGAGGGAUGUGUGGCAGUGAUGGGAGUGGAUGGAGUGGUCUUAUGCAUCAGUAGAGACCGUGAUUACCUGACAGAUGUUUCAGGAAGAGCUCAAGUACCAGUUUGGUAAGUCAGAGGGAUAGGCGCCAGAGCAGUUGGCAAAAUUGAAGCAGACUGGGACUAUUGAGGAGUACAAGACAAAGUUUCUGAGGUUGGUAACUAGUGUAGAGGGUGGCAGAUGAGACCCUCAUUGGGUUAUGUAUGGCAGGGCUGAAGUCGGAGUUGGCGACCUCGGUUCAUGUUUUUAGCCUAACUUUUUGCGAGUUGCUUUUAGCCUUGUAGGUCUUAUGGAGGAGGAAAUGGCUAGCUGGAAGGGGAGAAUGGGGCGCUUCUCGAGGAGUACAAGAGGAUCAGGAGGGGGGCGCAUUUCCCAGCAGCCUCGAGAGGAUAGAUCGCACCGGAACCGGGAACUGCAAGCCUGGUAGCCACUAGAGUCACGCUUGGAGGAUGCAUCCCAGCUCGCCUAUCACUGAAGGGAUUUGUGAAGAUGACGCUAGUGGAGAUGGUGCAGUAGCGCAGGGAGGGACGUUGUUUUAACUAUGAAGAGAGGUACACCAUGGGGCACCGAUGUGCCAAGCCACAUCUCAUGUUGCUAGUGGGUGACUGGGAGGACGAAGGCGAGGAGAUGGCGGCCACAGAAGUCAAGGAACCAAAGAAGGGAGAGGACCAACCUUGAGGGCAAGGUUGGUCUCAAGGAGGGUGGAUUGUUAGAAACAUGGUUUCUAACACAUUUACUGUUUUGGACUUAUUUGUUGUUUUAUGAUUAUUUGGAUAUUCGGUUGUUAUUUUUUUGGAUUAUUAGUUAGGAGGUAUUACUCUGGGUAGUUAUAGGGAAUUUAUCGGCUUAUCUUCCUUCUUUCCACAAUUCUCAUCUCUUCUCUUCCCUAAAUCCAUAAUUCUCAUCCUCAAUUCACAAUUCUCUAUCAAAUCCCCAAUCCAUGAACCCAGGCGUACAUGCCUAGAUAUGUGCUUCUUACAAACACUCGCCUAGUGGGUCGAGACUAUAAUGUAUGCAAAAUAUGCAUAGGCGGAGGCAGGGGCAGGGGAUGUGUCCCGGGACACAUGUAACUUUUAGGUAAAAUAAAAUGCCAUAUAUAUAUAUAUAUAUAUAUAUAUAUAUAUAUACAUAUAUGGUGCCUUCUACGGUACCUCGGGUGAAAUCCGGGGUACCGCAUACCUUGAGUAUAAAAACGCUAUCUAGACCUCGAAUUAGCAGGAUUUUUGGGCAUGAUACUAUACCCUAACCCUUAAUGAGUGAACCCUAGGUCCUAAUUAUCUAAAUCAUAAACUAUAAACACUAAGAUGGUGCAUUGAUUUUUUUGUCUAUAUUUGGAUGAAUCAUAACCGUCGAUUAUUGUUUCUAAUUAAAUUGAUCUUCGGGUAUAAGAUUUAGAGAAUUAAGACCUAGAUGUUGAUCUUUAAGGGUUAGAGUAUUGUAUCAUGUCCGAAAGAUGAGUCAAUACAAAUUCUGGAUAGCG